AUGAUAGAGGAUGGUUUGGGUAAGAGUGUAAACUACAUCUUCUCUAUUUCUGACAGUUCAUGUUAUGGGAUCGGUAUCUACGUGAAAGGAAUUAAGAAUUUCGUUUUGUUGUGUAAUGGUAAGAACAUUAUCUCACCAGCCUUUAAGGAUACCAGUAAAACCAUUGACAAUAAAGUGAGCGAUUUGGCUGUCAGAAUUGUCAUUUUGCUUGCAAACAGUGGCAUACAUCAUAAUCUGGUGGAUGGUUUCAAAUAUCUGGGGGUCAUGUGCGGCUGGUUGAAUGGUCAUGUAAUUGGACUUGACCUCAGUCGUAAUGAGCUUCAGGGCACCAUCCAAACCAAUAGCAGCCUCUUCCACCUUCGUCAGCUCCAGAAGCUCAAUCUUGCCUUCAAUGACAUCAGAUUCUCUAGAAUAUCAUCUAAGUUUGGAUCAUUCAUGAAUUUGACCCAUCUCAACCUCUCAAACUCUUUAUUUUCAGGUCGAAUUUCUUCAGAAAUCUCCCACCUGUCCAAAUGGAUUUCGCUCGAUUUUUCUAGUAUUCAUGAGGGGAGACUUGAACAACACACUUUCAAUAUGCUCCUUCAGAACCCAAUCCAAUUAAGAGAACUACACCUUGAUGCAUUGGAUAUCUUGUCACCUUUACCUCAUGCUUUGUUAAAUCUAUCUUCUUUGACAUCUCAGUCUUGCUUCUUGUCAACUGCGACAAGUUUUUCUGGUCAAGUGUUUGAUUCAAUCAACAAUCUUAAAGCCUUGAAUAGUGUGUACCUCAUUGAGUGCCACUUUUCAAGGUCCAUUCUAGCUUCUCUUGGGAACCUUAACAAAUCACCAAUUUAUUCCAUUGGCAACAUGAGCCAACUUGCUUUCUUGGACCUUUCUGGAAAUCAGCUAAUAGGUCCCAUUCCUUUGUGUGCAAUUGGGCUUUCCAGGAUUAGCUUCUUGCAACUCAAGCGAAUUUCAAACUUCUUGAGAGUACAGGCUGAAUUGCUUUCUCUAGACCUUUCAAACAACAAAAUUGGUGGUGAAGUUCCAAAAUGGGUAUUGGAUGUGUGGAAAAAUUCAUUGAAGGAUUUAGAUCUUUCUAAUAAUUUUCUUACUGGUUUAGAGAAACUUCCAUGGUUCAUGGAUGAUGAAUUGGCACAUGAGGAUGGUGUUGCAUUACUAAUUAGCUUAUCUGAUCUGAUUCAAGAGGUUCUAAGUUCCAUUCUUGAUGGAAGCAUUUCUUCCAAAAUAUUUUUUUGGAGAAAAGAAGUCAAUCCAAUUGUACCAAACCUUGAUGCACUGGAUAGAAUUUCAUGGCUGCCUGUGCUGGAAAGUGAAGACAAUGUAUAUGUGCAAGAUGAUGAAGUUUGCUGGAAAGAAAUGGUAAAGGAAUUGAGUGGACGACGAUUGUGA